GUUGUAACUAUUGACCUAUAUCCUUGCUUAGUACUUUAGGUUGUGUGAAUGGAAAAUGGAAUCAGAACGGAAAAUGGAUAAUAAAUAUCAUAGAAUUGAAACUAAAACAGCCGUUGUUAAAAUGACUGGAGCUGUUCUUACAGAAGCAUCACAGUUUGAAUCGGAUGAUGAGAGCCAGUCAAAUGAAGCUAGUAGGCUACUUAAUGGUGCUGUUAAUUCAAAAAUGCCCACUAAUUCUUGGCAAAUUACCUCAGACAAACAACCACAUAACAAAUUGAAACAGCCAUCAAAUAUUGGAAAGAAUAUUUCACCUGUUAAUAAAAGUGACAGAGAUUUGAAUUCACUUUCUUCUCCAUCUAGUAGAUUGUAUGAUGUUAGUGCUAGUCCUGAAAAACAGUUGAAUCGUUUCAAUCCUUUUGAUAGAGAUUUAAAUAUUGAUGAUGAAUAUUUUGACGAUUUCAAAGAUAAUUACUUUCUAACUCCAGAUCAAGAAGAUUUAAUAAAUAACACAAGAUCAGAAUCGUUUUGCAGUAAUGAAUUUACGCCAACUGAAGAUGGUAAUUCAGAUAGUGAGGAAAUUACUUUUGCUGAUCUUGGACUUGCAGAAGACCAUUUCUCACAUCCCGAGGGGCACUUUGGUCUAAGUAGUCAAGAAGAACUCGAGCUGGCAAUCAGUGCUUGCAAACACUUGAUCAAAGCAGUUCAACCUAAUUCUGAUAAAUACAAAAAUUUAGUGAAAAAGCUUAUACAGUUAAGAUUAAAGAAACAAGAGUUGAAGGAAGGUCCAGAUAAUAUAGAUCCUGAGAUUAAAGCUGUUACAGGACACAGAUUUAAAGAAAAACAAAGCAGUAGUUCGAAAUAUUAUUGUGAGAAAUGUAAUGGUGUUAUAUGGGGUAUGAUACAACAGUGGUAUAGAUGUUUAGACUGUGGUUAUUCUUGUCAUGUCAAAUGCUUAAACCAAAUUACAAGAACCUGUGCUAAAUUAAAAGUAGAAGAAAAUCCCACCUAUUGGUUAUCUAUUUGCCCACAGAAAAGUUUAGCAUCUCAGAAUUACAGAUGUUUUGAGUGUCGACAGCAAGUUUCCUAUAGAACUGGCAGUAAUGUACCAAGGUUAUGUGAUUAUAGUGGACAGAGUUAUUGUGAAUAUUGUCACUGGAAUGAUACUAUGGUUAUUCCUGCUAGAGUGUUACAUAACUGGGAUUUUGAACCUAAAAAGGUAUCUAGAGCAUCUAAACAGUUUCUACGUCUGAUGUAUACUAGAGCGGUGAUAAGAAUAAAUGAUAUUAAUCCCAUGUUGUUUAAUUUCGUAGAUGAAUUAAAUGAAAUAAAAAAGCUAAGAGAAGAGUUGUUGAUAAUGAAGAAGUAUAUUUUGAUAUGUCCUCAAGCCAUGGAGCUAAAACUUUUGAGGGAAUUGAGCAGUCGUCAACAUUUCGUAGAAAGUAGUGACAUUUACAGUAUGAAAGAUUUAAUGGAAGUACAAAGUGAUGCUUUAUUAUCAGAAAUAGCCCAUGUUCACUCUACUUGGGCUCAACACAUUAAAACUGAUUGUGAGCGUUGUCAAGGAAGAGGUUUUGUUUGUGAAUUGUGCAAAGACAGUGAUGUAUUAUUUCCGUUUGAUAACAUCGCGGUUGUUUGCUCUCAGUGUUCUAAUGUUUUACACAGACACUGUUUUGCCCAAGAGGGAAAAUGUCCAAGAUGCAAAAGAAGAGAAAGAAGAAAGGAUGAUUGAAUAUUGUUAUUGUUUUCUUUAUAAUUGCUUAUUUACUUUAAAACUUGAAUUAACUGUUAUUGUUAUUGUUUUCUAUAUAAUUGCUUAUUUACUUUAAAACUUGAAUUAACUUUUAAGAUAUAUUUAUUUUAUAUGAAUCAUUUUAACAUAACCUUACUUUUUAAAUUAUAAUCUUAUUUUAAAACUACCAGGCUUGUACUGAAAGUGGUAUUUAGUUAUUUCUAUUUGAUUAUAAUACAGAUUUCGAAUUUUAGAAUUUAGAGAUAAAUGGUGGGACUAAUUUUAUUUCUAUUCUUUUUAUCAUUAUUGUACAUAGAUAAGCCUCCUAAAAAUAUCAAUAAUCCUGUUACUGGUCGUAUUCAUUACUGUUAAGGGUAUUACUUAAAACCGAAUUUGUUUUAGAUACAUAGCUGCAUAAUCUAGAACAGGGCUGUAUAUAGGAUUUUAAAAGUGGGGGUGCAGCAGAGUGGUGGGGCGCCAAAUUAAUCCCCAGUUUACCCAUUGGAAUGUGGGUGCCCUUAAAAAAAGACAGACUGAUCAGUGCCUUAAGAGCAUCACUGUGUGAUCAUAAUCAAGUGUAUUAUUUUAUGAUUGAAAGUUUAUCAAAUUACAUGGGUUGAGAAACUUUAACAAAUAAAAUAUCCCAAUUGACCAACAAGAUGAAGUUUGAAAUAGUUGUUAUGCCGUAUGGGUGGUUUACUCAAAAUAUGUCAUUUAAUAGCCUAUUUAUAAGGAAUAAUAUUAAUAUUUAAGAGAAUAAGAUUUUUUUACGUGAAAACAUGUUAUCUUGAAUAAAUAGUUCAAAAUUU